AAUACACAGUAUACACAAUUUUGAAUAACAACAGAGUUACUCAAUUUUCGUGUUGUUCCACUUUUUAUGAAAAUGAAUUGUUUUCUAAUCAUUUUUGAAUUCAUUUUAGGGAGCGUGUGGGCCCAUUGCUACAACAAACAUUCUGCUGUUCCUCCAUCAUCAUCAAAAAACAUUGGUUCUUCGUUUCAAUGAGCUCCAAAUGGCUUUAUCCCAUUCGUUGUUGUGUUUCGAAAUGUGAUACUCAAGCCAAUCAUUAUAAGGGCGUAAAGAAACGAUUUUUCCGCUUUGUUUCUGAACGUCCACCACAAAAAAAUGCUAGUGAAAAAAGCAAACGUCUGUAUAAACAGCGAUUUCGUCUUUGGUCAAGAUUGCUUCGUACUGGUGCAAAGGUGGAUACCAAAAAUAUUUGGAUUUGUGCGAAACAUUUUGUGAAAGGGUAUCCUGCGAGUUCUUUAAGUUGCUACGAUGAAGAUUGGAUACCUAGUCUAAAGUUGAAUAAAAAUAUUUGCAUGAGAGAUGAAAUAACACCAGAACUGUCUUCGACUGUUAGCAAUAGCGUAAAUGUCGAAAAUCAAAAUGAACUUUCUAGCACAGCGGAACCAUUCUGUAGACUUUGUCUGAGAAAAAAAUUUCAUUUGAAACCCAUUUUUUUGGACAAACCUUCAAGUUAUAUAGCUGAAUUAAUAGAGGAAAUUUCAGACAUUCGGUUAGGUUUCAAAUCAGAUUGCAAUAGUUAUAUUUGUUUGGACUGUCACACAAAACUUCAUGAAAUCAAGACUAUUCGACAGAAAUGGCAGACUAAUGAUUCAAUUCUGCGAAACGGAAUAAAUACAAUCAGUUACGCAACUCCGAUUCCGGUUGUAUCCAUUCCAGUUGAGAGGUUGUUGGAAAAUAAUCAAGUGAUCCAUAGUCGUGAUAAAUUCAAUAACGUCAAUAUGAAGCAAAAAUUAUUGAAGACAAUUGUGGUAAAAGAAGAAACUGUUGAAGAAAUAUUAAGUGAUCAAAUAUUGCAAUCAAGAAUUGGUUCAGAACUAACCAGAGCUAGCAACAUAUCGGUUAAUGACAUGAACAAUACCUCGAAAAGACAAUAUUCAAGCGAUAUAAAAGAGACUGAUGCAAAAGAUAAAUCAAUUCAAAUAUCAUCCGAUAACAUUAAAAUUGUGCCGAAAGGACAACUCUCAAACGACAUAGAAGAAAGGGAGGAAAAAGAAAAGUUAAUUAGAAGUUUGAUGAAGAAAAUUAGGAGAAAAACAUUUACAGCUGAUUGAAAAAGAAAUAUAAGUAAAAAACAUAUUGAGUUACAGAAGUGUUAGCCCUGCGUUAAUUUGACUUCUUGCUUUUAGUGACAUUGCUCUCUUCUUUUUCAAAUAUUGCGAAUCACACCACUCUCGUUUUUCAAAAAACUGAAUUGUGAUAUUUGCUACGUGUCGAAUAACACCAUAAAAAUCACUCAUUAUUGAAUUUUCAACAAUAAUUUGAAAUUCAUGCAUCAAUUUAACGCCAGAAUGAGAUUUUCUCUCCAGGAUUAAAUAAAUAAGGCAUACAAUUUUUGAUUUUAACUUUUUGUGAUAUUCAAUCAUUUUUUUUGUCGUCCGUCGGUGGUAUUACUGUGUACAUCUGACAAAAUAUAGGGUCCUUCUCAACAAGGAUUCGGUCUAAGAGCUCAUGUGGAGCCAGUUUGCGUCCAAGCAGAACGAGUUGUCGGGUACCAUCUUCAUCCUUACCGUAGCUUCGUGUUCUCAGUUGCAUUUUUUGCGCCAUGCUGUGAAAUACAUCAGAAAAAAUAAAUGGAAAUUAUCAAAAA